AUGACCGAUAUAACUAUUCAAAAUUGCUGGCGUAAAAUAAGAAUUCUUUCAGAUGCAAGUGAGGUAGAAAUAGAAUUUGAAUAUCAAGAAUCUGAAAAUAAUCUGGAUGACGAUGAGGUUGCAGAAAUUAUUACAGACUUGUCAUUGAGUGAUAAUCCUGAAGUUUCUAAAAUAGUUCAGGCUAUAGAAAGGUAUAUUCAAACUAUUGAUGAACCCAUUACAACAGAAGGAUUGCUCAAUAAUGAAGAAAUAAUCACCAUAGAAAGCGAUGAUAAUGAAGAGCCUUCUCCUUCACCUGUAACAACUAAAGUGUUUUACGCUACGAAGAGCAGACAAAUUCAGAAUCUAGCCUUAAUCCUGAAAAAUUGA